UUAUUAUUGCUCAGCACUCGUCGCAGAAACAGAGAUUCCUCGCUGUCUGAACUGAAAAAUAAGAUCGCAUUAACUCAAAGCUCUCACAAAGACAAAGAUCUUCUUCUUCUUCUUAUUCCUCUUUUCUCAUUCAACUGAAAGGUAACAAUGGAGAACCCUCCGGAUCAAACAGAGUCAAAGGAGAUGAUGCUUCCACCCAGAACCAGAAGACCAAAGGGAGGACUUCUCACUAUGCCCUUCAUCAUUGCAAACGAGGGGUUUGAGAAAGUGGCGAGCUACGGAUUACUACAGAACAUGAUACUUUACCUGAUGAGUGAUUACGGUUUAGGAGUUGUGAAAGGACAAACCGUGUUGUUCAUGUGGGUUGCUGCUACUAACUUCAUGCCUCUCGUUGGAGCUUUUCUCUCAGAUUCGUAUUUGGGUCGCUUUCUCACCAUCGCCAUUGCCUCUCUCUCCAGUUUCCUGGGGAUGGUGCUUCUAUGGCUAACGGCGAUGUUACCACAAGUGAAGCCAUCACCGUGUAUAGCAUCUGCCGGAACCAACUGCAGUUCCCCGGCAGCCACAUCUUCUCAACUGGCACUUCUGUAUUCCGCAUUUGCACUUAUAUCGAUCGGAUCAGGUGGUAUCAGGCCAUGUUCUUUAGCCUUUGGUGCUGAUCAGUUGGAUAACAAAGAGAAUCCCAAGAACGAGAGAGUUCUUGAAAGUUUCUUCGGUUGGUACUACGCUUCUUCAUCUGUUGCUGUCUUGAUCGCUUUCACUGUCAUUGUCUACAUUCAAGAUCAUCUAGGAUGGAGGAUAGGGUUUGGUAUACCCGCGAUUCUCAUGCUACUCGCGAGUAUAGUGUUUGCAUUCGCAUCUCCUCUCUAUGUUAAACGUAAUGUGACCAAGAGUCUGUUCACUGGUUUGGCUCAAGCGGCUGUUGCAGCUUACGUGAACAGGAAGUUAAUGUUACCGGGUCAGAGUGACUCCUAUGGUUGCUAUCACCACUUGGAAGAUUCUGAACUCAAAGCUCCAAGUGACAAAUUGAGGUUUUUGAACAAAGCUUGUGUCAUAAGAAACCGCGACGAAGACAUUGGUUCGGAUGGUUUGGCCUUAAACCCAUGGAGGUUAUGCACAACUGACCAAGUUGAGGAACUCAAGGCUUUGGUCAAGGUGAUACCCGUAUGGUCCACAGGGAUAAUGAUGUCUAUAAACGUGAGCCAGAACUCGUUUCAGCUGCUUCAAGCUAACUCAAUGGAUAGACGUUUGAGCAACGAUUCAACCUUCAAAAUCCCAGCUGGAUCUUUUGGCAUGUUCACAAUCAUAGCCCUAAUCUCAUGGGUGGUUCUCUACGACCGAGCCAUCCUCCCAUUAGCUUCCAAGAUCCGAGGUAGACCGGUUAGGAUCAACGUCAAGAUCCGAAUGGGGUUAGGACUAUUCAUAUCAUUCCUAGCAAUGGCUGUUUCCGCAACUGUUGAGCAUUACAGAAGGAGAACCGCGAUAAGCCAAGGACUCGCAAACAACGCAACUGCUACAGUCAACAUCUCAGCCAUGUGGCUUGUACCGCAGUAUGUCCUACACGGUUUAGCAGAGGCCUUAACCGGGAUAGGACAGACAGAGUUUUUCUACACCGAGUUUCCUAAAAGCAUGUCGAGCAUUGCAGCUGCGCUGUUUGGUCUAGGAAUGGCAGUGGCUAAUAUCUUGGCUAGUGUGAUACUCAAUGUGGUUAAGAAUAGCUCAAAGAAAGGUGGAGUGAGCUGGAUUGAAGAUAAUAUCAACAAGGGUCAUUACGAUUACUACUAUUGGGUUUUGGCGAUCAUGAGCUUCGUUAAUGUUAUUUAUUACGUGGCGUGUAGCUGGUCGUAUGGUCCGACGGUGGAUCAGGUGAGGAAUGAUAAGGUUAAUGGGGUGAGAGAGGAGGAACAAGACGAAGUUGUUAAAAUAAAUUAAAAGAUUCGUUUAGUUUCAUUGUUUAUGAUUUAUGGUGUGUGUUUAUAUAAUCUUUUAUAUAUUUUUAUGUAUGUAAUUAGAUUUAUUAUUAUAUAUUUUUAUGGAUUUUGGAUUUAGGAAGUAGAGGAUUAUAUUAGUAGGUGUGCUGAGUAUUGUUUCUUCUUCUUACAAAAGCCAUUGUUGGUGUGUGUAUAUGAUAUUUUGAUUAAAGAUAAUCAAAAUGUUCAUACUGGUAA